GUUGAGAAAACAAAAUGAGGUUUCGCCUGAUGAUCGGGCUUAACAAUCACCAUAGUUGCCCAGGCCCACCAAUCUGGAGUAUCAGACCAGGUAAUUGGCUGGGAGAUGCUUUUUUUUUUUUCUUUCGAACUGGCGACUCUCACUCAUCCCAACACGUCUUACCUCAUCCAUGUCGGCUGCCACAAAGGGAUCUAGCACGGAAAAGGUCUACAAGCACCUGAAGGCGGCAGUGGACCUGGCCAUCGGGAACGGCGAGUACCACCACGGACUGCUCCCGGAGCUGCACACGAACAUUGUUAGCUAUGCAAUGAAAAAGCUUGCGGCCAUGCGGGCAUCCGCGACCAAGGCAAUAGUGACGUGCACGAUCGUGCAAAACACAGGGGCAGGCUUCCACAUUGGCAAUGCGACACGGUGGGACGAAUCGGCAGACAGCAUGGUCACAUACAAGUUCACGAACGCGGCUCUGACCAUCAUCGUGACAGCGUAUCUUGUUAGCUGCUAAGGCCAAAAAUGAAAAUAAAAAAUAACAAUGA